AUGGACAAAUCAUGGAUGUCAAUGAAUAGAUUGUCACGUGAAUAUGAGGAUGGGGUAGAAUCUUUCAUUCAAUUCGCCUUGCAAAGUGCCAAAGACUCGAGCAAAAUUCUUUGUCCUUGUGUGAAGUGUGGUAAUAUAUACACAAAAGAUGUGUUUGUGGUAAGAGCACACUUGUGUUCAUAUGGUAUAGACCUAACAUACCAAACAUGGGUAUUUCAUGGGGAAAAAUCCAUACCUUCAAACCAAGUCAACAAAAAAGAUAACACAUUGGGAGGUAUUCCACAUGAAGAUAAAGAGGAUCCUAUUGAUAUGGUACGCGAUGCAUAUGAGACUUAUCAAGAUAAUCCCAAUCAAUUUAUGAAGUUACUUGAGGAUGCCGAGAAGCCUUUAUACCCCGGUCAUAAGAAGUUCACGAAGUUAUCGGCAAUUGUGAAGCUGUACAAUUUGAAGGCAAAGUAUGGGUGGAGCGAUGUCAGCUUUAAUGACUUGUUAGAUUUAUUAAGGGAAAUGCUUCCUGAUGGCAACGAGUUACCUACGUCGUUAUACUAUGCAAAGAAAAGCUUAGGCACAUUGGGCAUGAGUUAUGAGAAAUUUCAUGCUUGCCCAAAUGAUUGCAUUCUAUAUAGAAAUAUGUGGGAGAAUUAUGACCAAUGCCCUACAUGUGGGUUGUCAAGAUGGAAGAAGAUUGGAAAGGGGGAUAAGUUAAAUGUUGGUGUUCCUGCAAAGGUAUUGUGGUAUUUUCCGCCAAUCCCACGAUUUUUGAGAAUGUUUCGAAAUAAAGAAAUAGCGAAAGAGUUAACGUGGCAUGCUGAUAAAAGACGUGAUGAUGGGUAUCUACGACAUCCAGCUGAUUCACCAGCUUGGAAAUUAGUGGAUAAAGAAUGGCCAGGAUUUGCUUCGGAAACACGAAGUUUAAGAUUAGCAUUAUCUGCUGAUGGUAUUAAUCCACACGGUCAAAUGAGCUCUUCAUAUAGCUGUUGGCCAGUAUUAAUUGUGACGUACAAUCUACCUCCUUGGUUGUGCAUGAAGAGAAAGUUCAUGAUGUUGACGUUAUUAAUAUCUGGUCCAAAACAACCUGGAAAUGACAUAGAUGUCUACUUGUCACCUUUGAUUGAUGAUUUGAAGAAGUUAUGGGAUAUAGGCAUUGAAGCAUAUGACGCAUAUCGAAAAGAAAGUUUUCUCCUCAAAGCUGUUCUUUUAUGGACAAUUAAUGAUUUUCCCGCUUAUGGGAACUUAUCAGGAUGCACUGUGCAUGGAUAUCUAGCAUGUCCAAUAUGUGGAGAGAAAACGUAUUCUACUAUGUUAGAACAUAGUAGAAAAAUUGUAUAUACAGGACAUAGAAGAUUUCUACCCGUACAUCAUCCGUAUAGAAGGCAAAAGAAGGCUUUUGAUGGUCGACAAGAGUUUGGCACAACCCCAGUACCGUUGACUGGCCAUGAGGUACAUGAAAAAGUCCAGAAUAUAAAUUGUGAAUGGGGAAAGAAGGACAAAAACAAAUUAAAUUAUGAUGUUGGAGAACCACAUAGAAAAAGGAAGGCAAAAAGAAAAUCAACGGCACCAAAAGAAUCACAAAAAGAUGAAAGAAAAACAUGUUGGAAAAAGAAGUCGAUAUUCUUCGAUCUUCCGUAUUGGGAACGUCUACAUGUACGCCAUGUUCUUGAUGUGAUGCAUAUUGAGAAAAAUGUGUGUGAGAGUGUCAUUGGCACAUUACUUAACAUUUCAGGGAAGACAAAGGAUGGAAAAGCAGCGAGAUUAGAUCUCUUCAAAAUGGGGGUACGAACUGAGUUAGCACCCAAGGAGGUUGGAGACCGAACAUAUUUGCCUGCUGCAUGUUACACGUUAAGUAAGGAAGAGAAAAGGCAUGUGUGCAAAUCAUUGCAUGGAAUGAAAGUGCCUAUAGGGUAUUCGUCUAAUGUAACAAGCUUGGUGAACAUGAAGGAUUUGAAAUUGGUUGGCAUGAAGUCUCAUGAUUGCCACACUUUAAUGCAACAUUUGCUUCCUGUUGCAAUCCGCGGUGUCUUACCAAAACAUGUGAGGUACACCAUAACACGGUUGUGUUUCUUCUUCAAUGCUAUAUGUGAGAAAGUUAUUGAUGUGUCAAAGUUGGAUGCAAUUCAAAGAGAUAUUGUGACGACUUUGUGUUUGCUUGAAAAGCAAUUUCCUCCAUCAUUUUUUGAUAUAAUGAUUCAUUUGGUCGUCCAUCUUGUGCAAGAAGUUGAAUUAUGUGGGCCGGUUUGGUAUAGAUGGAUGUAUCCAUUUGAAAGAUAUAUGAAAAUCCUAAAAGGCUAUGUGCGCAAUCGUAAUCGACCCGAAGGAUGUAUUGCUGAAUGCUAUAUUGCUGAAGAGGCAGUGGAAUUUUGCGCCGACUAUUUGUCUCAUGUCCACACAAUUGGAAUCCGAUCUAGUAGUCUGCAAACAAGCCAAACAAAGCCUUUAUCAAGUCCUGAAAACCAGAUGAUAAGUGAGACAGAGUGGGAGCAAGCACAUCGAUAUGUAUUGAACAAUGAUCUCGAGAUUGAUCCAUAUAUCGAGUAA